AUGUCGACCCGCCAGCUUCGGAAGCUGCAGAAGCAAAAAGAGCUCGAGCAGCUCCAGGAGACUAAAGCCGAAGAAUCCAGCGACGAUGACGCGCCCGAGCCCGCCCCGGUCAAGCCCCGACAGAGCUUGUUUGCAGCCCUAGGCGGCGACGACAACGAGGACGACGAUGACGAGAAGUCCGACGACGCACAAGAGGAAGUGAAGCCGGACUCCGAGCCCGAGCCAGUGCCCCAGCCGGCGAAGAAGAAGAACAAGAAAAAGAAGAAGAAGGCCAAGAAGCAAGCCGCGCAGGCUAAGGACGACUCGGACGAUGAGAAGGACGACGAGAUCGAACGCGCGCUCCAGGAGCUCAGCGCCGCUCGCAAGGCCAACUCGAGCGCGACGGACAACCUCGCCCAGCGAAGCCGCGACAUCGACGAGCUCUUGCAGAUCAACACCCAGAACCUCCGCGCCAUCAACGAGAUGCGCGCGCUGUUCGGAAAGGAAGCAAUCCAGGCCGCGCAGGACGAAGAGCGGGCUGAGAUGGAGGCGGCGCGCCGCGCACAACGCAACAACAGACAAGGCGUCGACCUCGAGACGGCGCUUCGGGGCGACCCGCGAGACAAGCUCUCCGAGGUCACCCUCCGCCGCAACGUGUUCGUCCAGGGCAAGGAGACGUGGCCCCGCGCGACGGCCGCUGGCCUGGUCAUGAAGGAGAUCAAGAAGGGUACGGACGGCCUCGUUGAAUUCGCCUUCGUCCACGAGAAGGCCUACGAUAAUGUCCAGUUGAUGUUCUUCAGCUGCGUCCAGAUGGGCGAUCCGAUGCAAUUGGUCCAGAUGCUGUUGCGGCACCCUUACCACAUCUCGACCCUGCUCCAAGUGAGCAAAGUCGCUGUGCAGGAUCAGAACCAGGCCCUCGCGGCGGACUUGUGCGAAAGGGCACUGUUCACGUUCGGUCGAGCUACGACAUCUGCUUUCCGCCAGAAGCUGGAGCAGGGCAAGGCUCGGUUGGACUUCCGGCGUCCUGAGAACCGCGAACUCUGGCUUGCUGGAUACACAUAUCUCAAGAGCUUGGUCCGCAAGGGAACCUAUCGAACGGCGCUGGAGUGGGCCAAGUUGCUCUACGGACUUAAUCCCAACGACCCUUACGGCAUGAAGUACUUCAUCCACGUUCUCGCCAUCCGCGCGCGUCAGGCUGCCUGGCUCAUCGACUUUAUGAACACCCCGGAAUACGUGUCCGAUGAGACGGAUGACACCUACAUCACGCAAACUCUGGUCCUCGCGAAGCUUCAAGUGGGCGACGUCGAAGGCGCAAAGCUUGCUGCCGUGGCCGGAAUGGAACGUCUCCCCUGGCUGUACUGUGCCCUCUUCCAGGCCCUCAACCUCGAGGCGCCGGCUCCCCUCUGGGGUGUACAACCCGACACCGACGAACGCGAUUUCUGGACGAGGCUGUACGUUCACCAGGCGAAGGACAUUUGGAACAACACGCAGGCCAUCGACUUGCUCAAGGACGCCGUCAAGAUCGCGAAGAAGCCGACGCAGAGCCUCCCGCAGGACAAGCAGGCGGACACGCGGACGGCCAGAUGGGUGUGGCUGGAGGAUACCCCGAGCUUGCUCAGCGGCAUUCCGAGAUCGAUCCUCACGCAGGAGCCCAACUACGCCUUCGACCCGCUCCCGCCCCCGAAGGAGUCCAACAUCUUCACGAGCUCGGGAACGCAAAUGCCGUGGCGCGCGGGCUCGCACUCGGGACUGGAGGGCGACCACAUGCUCGAACAGCAGCUCCGCGCGCUCGAGAGACAACUCGCGAGACAGAACGGGCGGAGACGUGCGAUGGCCGGCGGCGCUGCUGCUGGCGGCGCGGCGGCCGGUGCCGGGGCGAUGAUGGGCGCGUUCCCCGAUGACGAGGGCGACGACGAUGGUUUCGGUGAUGACGACUUUGGCGACGCCGGCGGCGACGCCUGGGAGGGCGAGUUCGUCGACGAGGAUGGCGAGGGUGACGGGGAACAGGCACCCUCCGCCAGCGUCGUGCAGAGGCUCGCGGACCUGUUGGCGAACCUGGCUCCCGGCGGCUGGCUGACUGGGUAUGGAGGAGCAGGAGGACCAGAAGGGGAGGAGGAAGAGGAAGAGGACGCAGACCCGGACGACGACGACGAGCUGCCGCCGUUGGUGGAUGCCGACGAGCGCGUCGACGACCGUUUCCCUCAGCCGCCUGGCGGAUUCAACUAG